AUGUUUGGGGUUCUCAUCAAAUGUUACCUUUGGAAUCACUUGUUUGACCAAGUGCUUUCUCUUUACAAUCAUCAUUUUCAUAUGGGUUCUUCUCACCUCACUCAGAAUUGCAGUUUUUUUUUGUAUCCUUCUCUUAUAAGGGCUGCUUCUGGUGUUGCUGACUUGGUUGUAGGAAGAAAGUUGCAUGGGAAGAUAGUUAAAUCUGGGUAUAGUGUGGAUCGUGUUAUUGGAACUUCGUUGCUUGGAAUGUAUGGGGAGUUAUGUUGUUUAAGUGAUGCUAAGAAGGUGUUUGAUGAAAUGUGUCAGAGAGAUUUGGUUUCUUGGAGUUCGGUUGUUUCGUGUUAUUUUGAGAAUGGGAUUUAUAGAGAGGGGUUGGAAAUGUUUCGUUCAAUGGUUUCUGAGGGGAUUAGACCUGACUCGGUUAUGCUGCUUAGCGUAGCUGAGGCUUGUGCUAAAAUUGGUUGCUUGACGUUGGCUAAAUCAGUUCAUGGGUAUGUGAUUAGAGAAGGAAUGAUUGGUGAUGGUAGUUUGAGUAAUUCUCUUAUUGUUAUGUAUAGUCAGUGUGGUUACUUGUGUAAAGCGAAACGGCUCUUUGAAUUUCUUGUUGAUCGGAGUACUUCUUGUUGGACUUCUAUGAUUUCGUCCUAUAAUCAAAAUGAUUGCUUUAAAGAGGCAAUAAAUGUUUUUGUUAGGAUGCAAGAUUCAGAGGUGGAACCGAAUGAAGUGACAAUGAUUAGUGUUCUGAAUUCCUGCGCUAGAUUAGGUUGGUUAGAAGGGGGAAAAUCAGUUCAUUGCUUUGUUUUGAGGAAUGCAAUGGAUGCUGCUGAUCUUGAUCUUGGGCCUGCACUGAUAGAUUUCUAUGCAGCAUGCUGGAAAAUAAGCAGUUGCGAGAAACUUCUUAGUUUAAUAGGAAACAGCAACGUUGUAUCGUGGAAUACACCCAUAUCAUUUUAUUCUCGCGAGGGUUUAAACGAUAAAGCCAUGGUACUCUUUACACAUAUGGUGGCAAAGGGACUGAUGCCAGACUCAUAUAGCUUAGCAAGUUCAAUUUCUGACAACUGA